CAUUCGAGUUUCGAAUAAAACGAAUGCACGUCAGCACUAAAAAACAAAGUUUUGCUCUGUGUUUGUUUUCCAUUUAUUUAUAACAAAAACGCCGCACCGAACAAAUUAAAAAUGCUUGAAUCGCUGUACAGCCUACCGUUCCUACUCUUAGAAGUGCCCAAUCUAAAGAUAAAACAACCUUCAUGGCUCAAACAACCGUCGCCGAUGACUGUUUUCACAUUAGUUUUGUUCUCGUACUUUUUGGUUACCGGAGGUCUGAUCUAUGACGUCAUCGUUGAACCACCGAGCGUAGGAUCUACUACAGACGAAAAUGGUCAUACGCGGCCGGUUGCCUUCAUGCCAUAUCGAGUAAAUGGACAGUACAUCAUGGAAGGUUUGGCUAGUGCAUUUCUGUUCACAGUCGGCGGACUAGGCUUCAUUAUCAUGGAUCAAACGCACGCGCCCGGCAAAGCUAAACUGAAUCGCAUUUUACUGACGUCCAUGGGGUUCCUGUUCAUUUUGGUCUCGUUUUUCACGACGUGGAUCUUUAUGCGAAUGAAAUUGCCGGGAUAUUUGCAGCCGUAAGAACAACACUGGACGAUAGAGUGGGUUCGAUGUCGAAUUGAAGCUGCGUUGGUAGAACCAGGCGGCUUAUGAACAAAAUUAUUUUUCCUAAUUUUUUGUAAAUUAAAUUAAUUUUUCGACGAUUUCUUCGGUCGCAUUAAAUUUUAAUAAGAAAUUCGUC